CUGUUCGACCCCUUCACGUGGAAGGACGUGGUGGCGACGAUCAUCGCCUUUGUGAGCACAGCGCUGGGCUCCGGCUGCGGUGUGGGCGGCGGAGGUCUGCUCGUGCCCAUGUACGUCUUCUUCUACGGCCUCAGCCCCAAGCACGCCAUCCCGCUGUCCAAGGCCACGAUCUUCGGCAACGCCGUGUCCGCGUACCUCUUCAACUUUAACCGCAAGCACCCGACCAACGCCAAGCUACCGCUUAUCAACUACCAGGUUGCAGGCAUUAUGGAGCCGACGACGCUUAUAGGCGCCAUCUUUGGCGUCAUGAUGAACCACAUGUUCCCAGACUGGCUCAUCCUGGUGCUGCUGGUGUCGCUGUUGUCGUACAUCACCUACAAGACCAUUCUCAAGGGCAACAAGAUCAGUGAAAAGGAAUCGAAGCACCAGCUUUCAGUUGUCAAGUCCGUGCUCAAGGGCGGCCCCGACGGUGGAGGCCGCAGCCGUCAGUGGUCGAUCUACCGACGUUUUGACGUCGAAAUCGCUGCCCGUCGGUGGCUGGCCAAGACCCGCCGCAACAAGAAGCUUCGCCAAAUCCGCCUCGAAGACGAAGAAGACUUCAAGUCCCUCCCUCCUCUCCGUGAGCACCAGCCGUCGAGUUCCGAUGCUCUGCUGGGUGGUCUGGAUAAGCACGACUUCGGUACUUUCGUGUCGGACGACGACCAGCAACUGGAGCGCCGCAGUGCUAUCGAGCAGCGCGAGAUGCGCGUGUUCCCGCUCAAGUACAUCGUGCCGCUCGUGGUUUCGUGGCUCGUGGUGCUAGUGCAGUCGAUGCUCCGCGGCGGCCACGGAGCUCCCAGCAUCAUCGGCAUUUCCUGCAACUCGCCCGACUACUGGAUACUCACGUUCCUGCCGCUGUUGAUUCUGGUGGGUAUCACGCUCUGGGUGGGCUACCACCUGCGUCUUCUGAACCGCAGCAAAGUCCUAUGUGAUUACCCGUUCGUGGAGGGCGACAUCCACUGGAUCAAGCGGCGCAUUCUCGUCUUCCCGACGCUGUGCACCAUGGCCGGCGUGGCCGCUGGCUUGCUUGGCAUCGGAGGCGGCAUGGUCAAGGGCCCCAUUAUGCUCGAGAUGGGUAUUCUACCCCCGGUGCAGUCGGCCACUGCCAACUUCAUGAUCCUGUUCACCUCGUCUUCAACGACGCUGCAGUUCGCCAUCAACGGCCAGUUCCCGGGCGAGCGCCAGUACGACUACAUCGCGUGGUUCGCCCUCAUCGGCUGCAUCGGAGGCCUCUGCGGCCAGAAGGUGGUGGCGUACCUGGUCAAAAAGUACAAGCGCGAGUCGAUCAUGGUUUACCUCUUGGCCGUGACGAUCGGACUCUCGGCGCUCGCCAUGGGCUUCAUCGGACUCAAGUCCACGCUCAGUGACAUCGAGAAGGGCGUGCAUCUAGGCUUCCACGGCAUUUGCGACAACGAAUGAGCUGCGCUCUGGAUAGAUCACCGGCUCAGUUCGGAGUGGAACGAAAUGAAUGCACGAACGCGCCGCCGCUAGAUAGAGAAUCGCGGCGGUACCUUCUCCAUCCAAUGCAUUGUUCGUUCAUUUCUCGCCGCACGGUUCGUGUACAGUCCAGUAGGAUGUGUCCACCUAGAGACCUUUGCAUAGAGCUUCGAGCAGACCAGUUGACGGUCGGAAGUCUAGCCUUAAAUCAUCGGAGCCCGUCUGCAUAUUGUCCGACGAAUGGAAUCCCCCCUUCCGGUGCUGCUUUUAACAGUGACAACGUGUAACUGCGUGCAGCGCGGUGCUGGACGGACACCGUCGAGUGCGGAGACCGAUCUUAGUCUAAUGGAGACUAACGCGGUGCGACGUGUGACGUGGUGGGGUCUGUGGGCGGGUAUAGCAUUUCCUCCAUGACAGCGUCGGUGCUGGGGCUCUAAUUGGCCUCCUGCGAGCUUUUCAUGGCAGGGUCAAGAUGGUGCCGAAGUAUUUGCAGGCCACGGUUACCCUUGUGCCAGGCCCAGAUUGACGCGCGUGGUCAUCCCAACUCACAUCUGCUUUUGCACCACCAGGCUCACUUCAAGUCUGGGCAUCUUGGCUGUAGAACCAUGAGGCCUUCCAAGUGGCUGCUGCUGCCGCUGCUGCUCGCGCUUACGGGCUCGACGACUGCCACGACAACGCUCACGAAACCGGGAGACGCGCCGUUCGCCGACGCCGUGGGGCUGGCGUGCAACAAACGCUCUGACUGCGGCUACGUCCCAGCAUUGGCCUGCAUUGAAGGGUGAGCUUCCUCUAACCAUUCAUUUGAUACUAAUCUUUCCCGAUAAUUGACCAAGCUGAUGCCUAUUUACUACGUGCAGCAAGUGCGAGUACUGCCGGCCUGCUGCCAAUGACUGCAACGACAAAGGUGGCAACUUGGCCAAUCGAUGCCAGGUCAUUGAGGUGCUGAACGAGGCCACCGGAGACAUGGAGACUCAGUAUGGACUCACGUCAGCCGGUGAGCCCGUGGCGGCUGCCUACUGCGUCGAGAAGAACCUGUUCGCGCCAUUCACGUACAACGACCUGGCCACCACGUUUAUCGCGUUCACGUGCACUGCGCUGGGUGCCGGCGGCGGUAUCGGCGGAGGAGGGCUGCUGGUGCCCAUGUACAUUUUCGCGGGCUUGAACCCGAAGCACGCGAUUCCGCUGUCCAAGGUGACGAUUUUCGGCAGCGCGGUGGCCAUGUACGUGGUGAAUUUCCGCCGCAAACACCCGCGUGAGUAUUAACCCCUGCGUACUUAUUGGUCUUAAUUGAUACGGUGGUGUUCGUUUGCUGACAGGACUGCUGUGUGCUUUGCAAUUUUCCAGUUAACAGGAACCGCCCGCUUAUUGAUUUUGGGUUAGUUGGGUUGAUGGAGCCGACGACGCUGAUUGGCACCGUCUUCGGCGUGAUGCUGAACCACAUUUUCCCCAACUGGUUGAUCCUGGUUUUGUUGGUGACGCUGCUGUCGUUCAUCACGUACAAGACCAUUUUGAAAGGCAACAAGGUUGGUAUAUGGUGCUUACAGUUGUCGUACAUUUGAAUGAUUGUUACUCAUCCAUGUUAUGCUAGAUCCAAGACAAAGAGUCAAAGCUUCAGCUGGCGCUCAUCAAGUCCACGUUGAAGGGUGGACCAAAUGGCGGUGGUCGUGGCCGCCAAUGGUCGAUUUAUCGGGUACGAGCUGUACCUGAUCAAAAUUUGUGCGUUCAACAUCCUAACCAAAUUGUUUUUGUAAUUCACACGUAGCGGUUCGAUGUGGAAGUUGCAGCGCGUCGCUGGCUGGAUAAAACGCGUCGGCGUCGUAAAGCUCGACUGGUUCGCGAGGAAGACGAAACGGAUUUCCUGUCGCUGCCACCUCUUAUC